GCUAGUUCAACGUACGAUGACCAUGGAAGAUGGAAGCUGUCCUCCAGCAGUCGCCCCCAGUGGCAGCCAAGCCGAAGAUUACGGAUCAUGGACACUGAAGCAGAAGCUUGAGGAUCUCAUCAACUGUGAUCCUAUCCAUGGUAUCAUGCCAAAAAAUCCUAAAUAUAAAGCAUAUUUCGAGGAAAAGUUCGAGGAGAAGUUAAGUACGUACGUUCGUGUUGUAUUGCCGAAACUUCGUCCAGCAAUUCAGAAGGAUAGCGUGAAGCAAUUCUAUCAAGUCUAUAAUUGUUGGUCAGGUUUCAUGGGACUGGGAGAGUUUCUUUACCCUGAUAUCCUCACCAACAUGGCCUCCCAGAACGCUCUGCGUUGUGCCAGGGUCGCACUCCAGGGCACCUCUCCUCUCUUGCGUUGCCGCCGCCGCGCUGACCCCAACACCCGCCACCGCUACGGCUUCGCCCCCCUGCACAUGGCCGCCGAGAACUUCAGCGUCGACAUGGUCAAGCUCCUCUUCCGCUGCGGCGCGUCCGCCAACAUCCGCACCAAGGGCGACAACGUCAUUGAGGGCCUCCUCCCUCUCCAUGUUGCUGUGGAGAAUGCCAGCAUGCACAAGUACAUUGAGGAUCAUUGGGCUCAUGGGGACCAUAUCAUCAACCUCAUCUUCCUCCUUUGUCUUCCUGAGAUGAAAAUGUUCUUGGACACGACUAGAUUAAUUGCCAAACAGACGGACAACAUUGUCGACGAGGUAUGGAAUUACAUUCAGCAUGAAGAGAAGCAUGUCCAGGCAGCAAUUUUGCUGCUCGCUGCUGAAAAGCAGCUCCGUGGUCGCCUUAACAAGAGCAGUGGCAAAGCCUCUCUGAACGGGUUUGAUAUUGUUAAAAGCCGCAUUGGUGAUGCUCUUAGCACCAUACAUCUUGAGGGCUUAAAUAUGGUUCAAGAGGGAAAGAAUGGCAGGGCACUAAAGAGAUUGAAAGACAAAAAGGAAGCCCUUCUUACAGCACUUGUACUAGUGUGCAUUGUUCACAAAGCUGGUGAAGCUCUUGACGGAUACAUUCAAACUCAUUCACAGGUGCGCCAUGACGACAUUGUUGAACAUGUUUCAUCAAUUCUAAAAAGCAAUGGCAUUGCUCAUUCUGGGAAAAGCAUUGACACUGGAAAAUUUGAAUGCUACCAACAUGAUGGGGGGAUGCCGAUUGGCAAGUCAGAUUCACAAAGAGUGGGCUAUGGGGAAACUAUUGAAGCGGACAAGUCAUCUUCUGAUACAGGCGAAGUUAGUAAAAUGAUCCUGGGAAAGCAACCACCUAAAGGAUUAGCCAUAAAGGAAGUGAGAAAUAUGUUCUUCCCAUACUGGAAAUCGGUGUUGUCUCGUCGGUUGCAGCUGAAGAUAGUUCCAUCCUGUCAACCAAGCAGGAAGGACUUGCUAAGUGCUGAAGCGAGCAGGAAGGGGACCAAGAGUAUUGACCACCCGUGUAACACAAUCAAAUCAAUGGGAGAUCGUGGUUUGAUGUCAAGUGAAUCCAGAAGGAUGCUUUAUACUGUUGCUUCAAUGUCCCGGAAGGUGUUUAAGCGCACUUGAGUACAGAAAAUCUUUGGUGGUAUGCUUGUUGAAACACAUACUCCCUCCGUUUCUUUUUA